CGUUAUUCAUAAUUUGAAGAUAACUUGACUUAUUCUCGGUCUAGCAUCAUUUCUGUCUUCUCGGUUUUCCGGCUGCUCUCUGUCGGCGCUCUCAUCCCGAACCGGUCCGGUUCAUCUCAUCGACUGCACGCUUUUCGAACAUCUGUUAAAAGCAUUCACAUCUUGCAACUUACCAUCAUCUUGAUUAGGAUCGAAUAAAAAUGGCAACAACCCCUCUAGCCCAGGAGAAAGUGUGGUUCGAGAAGCCGAUGUACGAUAAAGCCGAGUGCCUUCAUUUUGAACGGCUGGCUAAGCCUGCGCAAUCUAACGAACUACUAACUAACAACGGUACUGGAAUUCGGACUAACUGCAAUAAUACACUGGUUGAAAAUGUCCAAAAUCAAAUUAAUCCAAAUCUACCAUCAAACACGGUAUCGAAAAAGUCUAAAAAGAACAAAUCGCCUGUCAAGGGGAUGGAGAAUACGACGAAUUUCGAUAAAAUAGAAUCUGUUGACGAUGCUGUUUUAAAGGCAGAGGACUUGAGCAAAUUCAAGCCAAAGGAGGCCAAAGAAAAAAAAAAUAAAGCUGAUAAAAAACAUGCAAAUAAAAAAGACCAAGAAAAAGGUACCCAAGAUAAAAAACCAGAUAGUCCAACAUUAACGAACAAGGGAGGGCCACAAUUAUCUUCUCCAAACGUAUCUGCGCGCGGAAGUUUGGCCAAUGAGGUAGCCAAGAUUCGUCAACACAUUAAACAGUCUUUGCAGUGUGUAGAUACCAUUGACACUUUUUCAAGGACAAGCGGAUCUGGCUCGGAAUAUGGGUCGCGCAUUGUUGCCUUGGAAAAAGAAAACCAGGAAUACAAAAACAUCGUUGCUGAGCUUAAGAACAUCACUCGACAACUAGAGGAGCGUGUCAAAAUUCUGGAGGAGCGACUACCAGGCAUUGAUCCAAUGAGGAUUGCAAUUUGCCCAGCGAAACCGCCAUCGCCGACACCUGCAAAACCAACUGCUAAGGCUGAUGAUGACGACGAUGUUGAUCUCUUUGGCUCAGAUUCGGAGGGUGAAGAUGAGGAAGCUGCUAAAGUAAGAGAAGAACGUCUCGCUGCUUACGCUGCUAAGAAAUCAAAAAAACCCGCACUCAUUGCAAAAUCAAAUAUCAUCUUAGAUGUCAAACCAUGGGAUGACGAAACUGAUAUGAAAGUCAUGGAAACUGAAGUUAGAAAAAUUGAAACAGAGGGUCUUCUCUGGGGUGCCGCCAAACUUGUCCCACUCGCCUACGGUAUCCAAAAGCUGCAAAUAUCUUCUGUAGUCGAGGAUGAGAAGGUCUCAGUUGACUGGCUGACAGAACAGAUCGAGGCUAUCGAAGAUUAUGUUCAAAGUGUUGAUAUAGCUGCUUUCAACAAAAUUUAAAUCAAUAUCGGCCGACCCAAAUUGUUGACCAUCUACUUUUCGGCAUUUGGUCAAAGAAAUAGCCGAGUGUACAGAUGAAAUAUUAAAUAUGCCGCCGUUUUCUCAUUCCACUAGCAAUAUCUACAUUCAGGAUUUUAAAAGAGCAAAUAGAAAUUAUACAAUAAUAAUAAUGCUGAUGAUAAUAAUAAUAAUAAUGACAAUGACAAUGUUGGUAGAAUUUAAAUAUUACUCUAUACAAACUUGUCAAUUUACGGCAGAUGUCUUUGGUCAAUUAGCUGAAUUUUACACGUCGUUUGUGGUUGUAUUGAAUAUAUUCUUGGAAUCAGGGACACCAAUACGGUGUGUAAUUACAGCAACUAAUGGUUCUUCAGGCUUUAGAGCGGCGCUUGAUUACUCAUUUUUAUGGGCUGAGAGGGGCGUCAACGUGCUUUGACUAUUAGUUACCUGCUUUGACUAUUAGUCACCGUGUUUUGAGUAUUAGUCAUCAAACCUGUUUGCAUGGGAUGUAUAGAAAAUCAGAAGCAUUGUUCAGAAACUUCAAGUUGUCGAUCGACUUGAUUGAACAUAAAUGAGAAAAAAAAAAUGAAAAAAUGUUGAUAAUUGUAUUCCAGAACAUUGACCAUUUCGGUUGCUGUCCGGAUUCAGUUAUAUUCAGUGUACUUGUUUUGAUUGUUAUUUUAGACUCUGUUAAUAAUUAUAGUGAUAAUAAUUCUGUUUUAGCCGUCUUUUAACUCAUGCGCAAAUGCCAUACACGUUAUAAUAUCGUGUGUAUACAUAUCUAUAUUCUAUACAUUGUUUAAUUUUACGUGCCCAUAUUAUUGUAGUUAUUAUUAUUCUACUACAUAAACACGAAACUCAUUGAUACCGUACGUCUGUAAUUCCGAAUGAUCUUCGCAAUGAGAACCUCUACAUGUAUGGUAAGAAUAAUAAUUGGUAACACGGCGUCACCUGUCAAAAA